CACGUUGUCAAAGUGAGCAAAUUCCGUGAAGUACAGACACUUUUGUUUCACAUGAAUACACAAGGUAAUGGUUUGAAUAUUUUGAAACAGAUGCUGUCCUGAUAGUAAUUUAACAACUGACAACAAUUUUAGUUGCUGGGGAUUAACUGGUGCAUUGCUAUGAAGUUGAAUAAAUAAAGAAACUCGAGCUGUAUUGUGCGAACAGGGAUGACUUUGGUUAGGUACGGAGCUGUCGAGAAUCCAUUCAAAUCUGAAAUGCAGUUGGAGGAAAGGGAAGACAGUUAUCCAAAACGAGCUGAUCUACGUUCGAUAAUGGAGGAUUUCAACCCAAGAGAUGAAGAUUUUUGGGAUAAGGUCCAUGAGAAAUACAACAAAGAAAAAAUGAAAAAAGAUGGACUGAAAUGGACAGAAUGCCUGGAUGAAAUCAGAGCAGAUCGACUUGUGGAAAAAUAUGACACUUUUGUUAGAGAGACAAGGGAAGGUAAUGAUCCAAUAGUUCUGAUGAUGACAACAUGGUAUGAUGACAUUGAACAGCACUGCAUUGAGCCAUUUGGGUCAGGCGAAGAAGGAUUUGCAAGCUAUGAAAGACAGAUUGCCAAAAUUGCAAAGAUUUUAAUUGACAGAGAUUAUGCAAAACAUGGAAGCAAAAGUAGAUACGCAAAUCCGAUCAUCAAAGUAGAUGGCGUUAAGAAAACAUUGCUUCACUUGGCAGCAGAAGGAUUUGCCCAAAGGGAGAACUUAACUUUUGAAAAUAGAAAAAGAGAUUUCACAGAAAUUGCUAAGAGCCUUCUUGAAAGGGACCCAGAUUUGGUUUAUAUCAAAACACAACCUGGAAAACCAAGAAAGCAGCUUCCUGUUGAAUUUGCAUUAAAAUACUUUGAUGAUGAAAUGGCAAGCUUGUUGAUAAAUGCAACUGGAAACAAAUCAAGGAUUCGUCUGCUCUUUCAAUAUAAUGAAUAUUUUCCUGAAGAGCUGCCACCAUUUCAGUUCAAGACAUACAUCGACAGGGAAGAUAUGAAGAAAACUGUUAUUGCAGUGUUAGACUCACUUAUCAGCCCAGACUGGCCUAACAUGCCAGAAAAUGAACAAGACACUUACUUAAACGAGUGGCACAGAGUUCCUGAUAUCCCAGUUCGCUACCAUUUUUAUUAUCAAGUGCUCGAUGGAGACAAUUACGGUAGAGGACCCUUUGAUCAAGGCUUCAAUCAUCGAGACUUAUCUUGCCUGCAAGCCAUCUGCCUAAGUGGUCAUAACAAGAAUGCCAUCAAGCACCCAGUGAUCAGGAAACUGGCUGGCUACAAAUGGUUACGUUUUGGAAAGUCUCAGAUAAUCCUUUAUGCAUUCAUGUACCUGCUCUACCUGAUUCUCCUCUCAGUUUCCUUACUGGGAGCCGUUCACUCUAAGGAUCCCACGAAAUACGAAACAAAAAAUGACCGAAUAAGAGCGGCCUGUGAAGUAGCCACGCUGUUAUUUACUGUAUUCUAUAUUUUCUCAGAAUUUGAUCAAAUGGAAAAGGAACGAAAGGCCUACUUUUAUGAUCCGUUCAAUGGCUUAGAUCUGAUUGGUCUGUUUUCAUUGCUUGCUAUAGUGCCGCUGCGAUUCACAAAAAGCAACGCCCAAUGGCAUCUUGCCACUGUGACGUAUGCGAUCAACUGUCUCCGAAUCUUCAAAUAUUUUCCCGCCAGCAAGUCUUUGGGGCUGUAUGCAAAGACACUUUAUGGCUUGUUCCUGCGGGAGUUACGCGUUUUUGCUGCGGUUUACUUAGUCAUUCUAUUCACCUUUGCUGGUGGAACGUACUUGUCCCUUCGAGCAACAACCACCUAUAGCACUAAAACUGGGUUUGAAGCAGUGGGAGUCACGGGAUUCAAGGAUAUUUUGCUCAGAGGCUUCAGGGCAGUUGCCGAAUCAAACGGAUUUGCGGAUGGCUACGAUUCGUUUAGUGAUUUCGUGACUGUGAUCAUCUUGAUUAGCAUGCUUGUAAUCAUGCUGUUUCUCGUGAACAUUCUCAUUGCCCAGCUAACAUCAACGUAUGAUGACGCCAAAGCUAACGCGCGUCUCGAGUAUGACAUCGACAAGGCGCUGUUUGUUACAAGAUUGGAAAACAGUCGAUUCAAGUCCAUGAAUAAGAGAGUGAAAUUUUUUGAAGAAGGUGAAUUUGUAAACGAUAAAGAUGAAAUCAAAGAACUUUUAAAAGGCUGGGACGAGCUGCAUCCCGCUGCGCAAGACAAAGACUCCAACAGGGUGUUUAAGUAACAGUUAAAGCAAAAAUGGUAAUGUUUGGUUUUUGAGUGAUUAAGAUCUGGACAAUUUUUGUUUACUUUAGAAUAUAAUAUGAUACAUUUCGUAAGCUUAUUUUAGCUAAAGAUAGUUUUGAUAGGCUAAGUUACAUCGAGGUAUGGUAAAAAUACAGUUGCUAUCAUUUGUAGGCUAGAAAUAGAAAAUCUUAGAUUAUUUUUUCAUAAUUUAUUUUUCGAACAUGCCAGUCAACCAUGUGAUCACAAUUGCCUGGAUGCUUUGGCCACCAGUCAUUUUCCAAUUACCUAUUGAACACGAGAGGCUUAUUGAAAGAUAAAUGCAUUUGGUAUCGUGCUUAACCAAGAGCAGGCCCGCCGAGAGCUCUUUGGGCGCCUGGGGCAAAAGAAAAGAUGGGACCGUGAUGACAUCAUUAAAUCCGUUAUCGUUAUUGUUGUUGUUAUUUUUAGGAGCUUUGUUAUAACUUUACGGAGCUCUUCUGAGUCCAGAGCCUGGAGCAAAUAAAUAUCCCUGCCCAUCCUCUGUGCAGGUGUUCCGAAGGCCUCCUUGAUGUCACGAUCCUCUAAGGCCGCUGAAUAAAUCAGUGAACAUUUUUGUUAGACUACGAACAAAUAACCUACAAGACGAUAGUACAGGGAGCGUGAACAUACAUUGCAACCCUGCACCUAUUGCAUAUAAUAAUCUUGAUAAUACUAUAUAUACUUUACCAAAAAUUAUAAGAAUUUACAAAAAUCACAAAAAUUGCAUAAAAAGACAGAGAAUGUCACCGUGAGCCCUCCACGCAAGAAACCCAGAGUGGGACCUUAAGUUAGUCAGGAUCUCGUUAAGCAAGGGGUAUCUUGUACCAAGAAUUUGUCUACCUGAGGUUGUCUUGUUGGAAUAUUUCUCCUUAAAAAAACAAGCGUCCGCAGAAGAUUCGAUGCGCGGAGAGCUCACGGUUCGUUUAUGAUGACGUAAAGAUGACAUAGCUCAAUCAAGGCGUUCAGUGGCAUAUAUAUAUUUUAAUGUAGCCUCAAGGAUCAUAGUGUUUGACAUAGGUGGCAACCUUUCAUCACCAUAAAGAAGAAUUUUUAGAAGCGCUUGAUUUGAAAGGUUUAAUAAGCCAAAUUGGGUUUGACAAAUUUUUGUUUCGAGUAAACCAAAAAGACAGCACACCAUGCCAUUUGCAUAUUGUUAUGCUUUAGAACUUGUCGAUUUAAACAUUUCACGGAUUUAGAGCGUUGUGUGUUAUUAAGUAUACCUCGUACGUUUUAUUGAAGCAGUGUUGGUAUUGUUUCUCAAUAGCUCAUAGUUUUCAAAUGUUGUAAAAAAUUUUGAUUUUACUUGAAAACGAGUUUCAGA